UGGGUCUGACUUCGUGAGCUAACAAAUAUAUCGUGGGUAUUAUAGUGGUGAAUCCCCUCUAUCUUACUCUGCGAUUAUUGGAUUGUUGCUACACAUUAAUACUUAAGCAACUAACUGGAAUGGAAUGAAAUCGCUUCAGAAAGCUUUCCGAGAUUGGGGCUACUCACGCUUCAACAUGUACAGUGCAAGUAAGAAAAAUCUUACUACAUGGGAAGCAACUCCUCCAACCCACCAACCCCACCACGUCAUUACCCAGCAACCACCUUUUCCCGUUUCUUGAUUCCUGCAGAAGAGGUCAAGGAUGUACAUUCUCCUAACAUCAUGAUUCCCAUAUUUUAAGAAACAACAAGGGACUGGAUUUACGCUUGACAAUACCUUACAGCUCCAGCGUAAUGCAACAUUAAUGAGCUUCACCACCAGCCUGCCUAUUCAAAGAUGACAAGAGCACAUCUCAGGUUAUAAAGUGCAGUCAACCUUACACUGCAGAAAAGUAAGCCUUUGUGUUUGAAGACCUCUGUUAGACGUGGAAGAAUGAAAAAGGUGUUUUCAAUUAAACUGUUCCUUUGUAAGCUGUUCAUCCUACUACAUAUUCUCAUGAGCAGUGGCCAGACACCCCCCGGAAGACCAGAAAUCACUGACUGCCGUUCACCAGAAAAGGAGACCUUUACCUGUUGGUGGGUUCCUGGCUCCACUGGAGGCCUAACAACUAAGUACUCGUUGCAUUAUAAAAUAGAUGGUUCCCAGGAAAAUUAUGAAUGUCCUGAUUACAAGACAGGCGGUCAAAACUCUUGUUACUUCAACAAGUCCUACACAUCCGUUUGGAAUACGUAUACAAUCACUGUUACUGCAACCAAUAAUUUAGGAAGCAACAUAUCUGAGCCUUUGUACGUGGAUGUGGCUUACAUAGUACAACCACAUCAGCCAGAAAAUAUUACAGCAGAGUUUACAACACUGGAUCAAAAACCCUACCUAAUGGUGAAGUGGAAUCCCCCCAAAAAAGCAGAUACAAAAUCAGGAUGGAUCACUCUGCAGUAUGAGCUCCGGAUAAAGCCUGAGAAGGCACUCAUCUGGGAGAAUCACUUUGCUGGCAACCAGAGACAAUUCAAUAUUUACAGUUUGAUCCCUGGUGAAGUUUACCUUGUGGAGGUUCGCUGCAAACCAGAUCAUGGUUACUGGAGUGAAUGGAGUCCUACCACCUAUGUACAAAUCCCACACUAUAUGAGAGUGAGGGACACGUCCAUAUGGAUGAUGAUUGGAAUUCUAUCUGCAUUUAUAUGUCUGCUUUUGACAUGGGCCGUAGCAGUGAAAUGUAACAGAAUGAAGAAAUAUCUAUUACCACCAGUCCCAGUACCAAAAAUUAAAGGAUUUGAUAUUCAGCAACUGAAGAAUAAAAAUUCAGAAGACCUGAUUCUUGCACUAGGUGGCCAUGGAUUCUUCCCCACAAACUCCACAGAGCUUUUGAUUGAAUUUCUUGAAGUAGACGACAGCAAUGAGUGGAAAAUUAUGCCACGUAUGGGAGACUACAAUUGCCAGGAAGAACAGAGGAAUGCCUUCAAAAGCUUGAAUGAUAAAGAUUCAGGCAGAGGGAGCUGUGACAGUAACACUCUUCUGCCUGAGAAAUGCAGUGAAAACAAAUUCCAUAACCAUGCUUGUGACAAUACUGUAGAGGAUCAUAGCAAGCAAGAAAUUAAUCCCAGAGCAGAAGGAACACAAACAUUAUCUUUGAAUAAUACAGAAGAUGUAACAUUACUUGACACUGGUACCAUUAAAGGAAAAACAAACACAUGGCCAUCAGUUUAUUUAGCAGGUAACAAGGCUCAGAUGUCACAGUUUCCAUCUUCAGAUAAUAAAUUAUUAGAAACACCAGUGAAAAACCUAAACAGUGAGUCUUAUCACAUCACUCACAUGGUAGACCAGACUGAAAAACAGAAAGGGAGUGGAGAGCCAGCUUCUUCAGGAACAGCUGACCAAUGCUAUUGGGUCUCUACUAAUGAGGCCACUCAUUUGACUUCAUCCAAACCAAUGGAAUAUGUAGAAGUUGAAAAAGUUAACCAGCAGAACAUAUUGAUUGUGAAGCCAAAAUCUGAGCUUAGUUCAUCCAUUGACUCUUCCAGGCAGGAGUACACGAAAGUGAGUGCUGUGGUAAAUGACAAUGUAUUAGUGUUGAUGAAGGAAAAAGGAGCUCAUUGCAACCAUGAUCAUCAAGAAUUAACAAAUCUAUCAGACAGUCACAGCUUGCAUUGGCAGGAUGGGAAAUUAGUAAAUGGCUCUUCUGUACUUGCUGUGCAGGUCAGCACCAAUUUGGCACCUAGUGGAUAUGUGGAUACAUCUGCUUUCUUACAGCCUAUGCAUUAAGUCACUUCAAAAAUGGAAGAACAUUGCUCACAUUGUUUAAAAAUGAGUGUGAUCAAGUUUUUAACUAUACAUUUUACAAACCUAUGAAUUUGAUCCUAUUGUUAAGAAAUUAAUAUAUUUUUUUUUAACCUCUAUUCCAUACCACAGUUUUCUCAAUAGGCUUUAAAAUAUUUUGAGCUUUAAAAUACUUGUGAAAAGGAGGUUUUCUGAUAUAUUUCACCAUCAGUGAUAUUUUCUCUGAAGAUAUUGAAUUUGUAUAAUUUAUCCAGUUCUCCCACUGCAUAUCUGAUGUUAGAUUGUCCUUUCCAUUUAUACUUUUGCCAAAACAUUUUCAUUUUCCCUCUUAGUCUUCUUCCAAUUAGUCUACCAUAAACCACUUUUAUGGCUUUCUGCUUCUACAAUGUGGCCUUUCCAUUUCUCUUAUUUCUUCCAUAAUUAUGUUCAAAUGAUUUGCCAGAGAUGUUCAUUUUUCUUAUGGUCUUGCAACUUAUUUCCAUCCAUGGCCAUUUUUCAAUAACCUCCAAUCUGCUUUUCUUUCUUUCCUCCUCAAUGUCCAUUUCUCUUAAUUGCUUAAAUCAAGUGUGGGCAGUCAUAGGGCUGGAGGGCUUCAUUGACUUCAAACAUUUGCGUCCAGCCAAUUGCAGUAUUUAAUGUCAAUAUUUUUGGUUUAACCAAAUUCUUAAUUUAAAGUUUAUCUUGUUGUGAAUUGAUAUUGACAUUUAAUCAGAUGGUUUACUCUAAAGCCUCAUCUGCUAAUUCGAGCAGAAUUAAAAACAUUAUGACUUAAACUUCUGCUUGAACUUCAAAAAGACACUUACUGCUUCCACAAUUUUAAGUGCCAAGCAGUCUUAGCUCUUUUUUGCUUUUUAUUUAUCUUGCUUGUUAAUAAUUUUUAUUUUUUUUAUUGUGUCUUUUUAUUAGACGGAUGAUAAUUUAACAAGACAGUGAUAUGUAAUUGGCUAACCUGGUGCCAUGUUCGCCUAGAUGUGCAUCAAUAAGUAGCUGUUUUUGAAAAACAAUUUUGAUAAAAAAAAAAGUUUCCAUAAUUGAGAGGUUCAAAUUUUCCUUAGUCAAUUUGGCAGUGGAGUAAAACAUAAGCUUGAAAAAGUAGGCAAAAUCUAACGAUGCAGCAUAAUCCUUAAACCUAAAAGGCAGGGUUCUAAUUUAAAAAGAUGACUAAAACAAAACCCUUCAUCCACUGAACCCCACUAAAUUGUGCACCAAUGGUUUAAGGUUAUACUCCAUAAUUAAUGAGAUUCCUGUGUUCCUUGUUCUUACACUUAGUAGCUGUCUUUUCUUUAUUAAUACUGUACAUAUUUAACUGCUGUAACUCCAGCCUUAACAUAGCCUUUGCACUUUUAAUUGUCUAAAGUGAGCAAACAAAAGUAAUAAAAUUUCUUCACCUGC